UUUACAUGUAUCCCAAGGGGGGAAAAUAACACGAGCUUGCUCGAUGGCUAGCAUGAGUUGAACAAUCCUCCACAGAGAUAAAUGUUUUGGGACAAAUACAUAAAUCAGGGAUCAUGCCGGAGGGAAUGAUAAAAUGAAGCAGCUUGUUCCUGGAAUAAAAAUUUAUGGUGGAUCGGUUGAUAAUGUGAGGGGUUGUACUGAUAAAGUUGAAAAUGGUGACAAGAUAUCCCUUGGUGCUGACAUCAGCAUAUUAUCUCUUCACACUCCUAGUCACACAAAAGGUCAUAUAAGCUACUAUGUUACUGGCAAGGAGGGAGAGGAUCCUGCUGUUUUUACUGGGGAUACAUUGUUUAUUGCUGGUUGUGGUAAGUUUUUUGAAGGCACUGCAGAACAAAUGUAUCAGUCACUGUGUGUGACACUAGGUUCUUUGCCAAAGCCAACUCGGGUGUAUUGUGGCCAUGAGUACACAGUAAAAAAUUUGCAGUUUGCUUUAACAGUUGAACCUGACAAUGCCAAAAUUGCACAAAAGCUGGCAUGGGCUGAGCAUCAGAGAAGAGUAGGUCUUCCAACAAUUCCAUCAACCAUUGAGGAAGAAAUGGAAACUAACCCAUUCAUGCGGGCUGAUCUUCCAGAGGUUCAGGAAAAGGUGGGAUUCAAGUCUCCUGUUGAAGCCUUACGUGAAAUCAGGCAACGAAAGGAUAACUGGAAGGGCUGAAUAUUAACUUGAGCAUAAGAGUAAUGCUUUUAUAGUUUCUGUUUUGUAUCUGCAAAAAGGUGGAAAUGUUACUGGCGGAAUUGAUGUUAACUGUGCUGAAAGUGUAUGCUUUUUAUUGUGAUGUUGUGUAUUUCAAAAUCAUAACCUAAACGCUUUAUUUGAAAUGUAUUUGAGCAUGAGAGAGUUCGCGACUU